AUGGGUGAAGAGAACAAGGAAGAAGGAAAGAAGGAAGAAACCACCGAGGAAAAGAAGGAAGAAGAGAAAAAGGAUGAAGAGUCUCCAGAGAUAGUACUCAAGGUUGAUAUGCAUUGUGAAGCCUGUGCAAGGAAAGUUGCAAAAGCAUUGAAAGGAUUUGAAGGAGUGGAGGAGGUGACUGCAGAUAGCAAGACAAGCAAAGUGGUAGUAAAAGGAAAGGCAGCAAACCCCAUAAAGGUGCGUGAAAGACUACAAAAGAAAAGUGGUAAGAAAGUGGAGCUCAUUUCACCUUUGCCAAAACCUCCAGAGGAGAAAAAGGAAGAAAUCAAAGAACCUCAGCCAGAGGAGAAAAAAGAGGAGCCCCCUCCUGUGGUAACAGUAGUCCUUAACGUUCGGAUGCAUUGUGAAGCAUGUGCUCAAGUUAUACAGAAGCGAAUCCGCAAGAUUCAGGGAGUAGAAUCAGUGGAAACAAACUUGGGAAAUGAUCAAGUCAUAGUAAAAGGUGUGAUUGACCCAGAAAAGCUUGUUGAUUAUGUGUACAAGAGGACAAAAAAGCAAGCUUCAAUUGUGAAGGAGGAAGAAAAGGAAAACAAGGAAGAAGAGAAGAAAGAAGAGGAGAAACAGGAAGAGAAAGAAGAAGAAGAGAACAAAGAAGGAGAAGAAAACAAGGGAGAGGAUGGUGAUGAUGAUAAUACUAAAACAGAUAUCAAGCGGAGCGAAUACUGGCCAUCAAGAUACUACGUUGACUAUGCUUAUGCUUAUGCUCCUCAGAUAUUCAGUGAUGAGAACCCAAAUGCCUGCACUGUAAUGUAG